CUUUGAAGAUUGGUAUUUAACUGAUGUAUUUAAUUGUGCCAUGGCAACCAUGCAUUCGACAACAUACUUACUCACAGCCAGUGUUCUGGUCCUAUUUUUUUGUGGUGAUGGCGCUGUAAUAAAUUGUGAAGCUGAUGAUGAAGAACCUUGGAGUUACCAUGGAAAAACUAACGGACCAAGCGCCUGGGGCGAAACGUAUCAAGACUGCUAUGGAUCCAACCAGUCUCCUAUAGCCAUUAAGACAGCCGAAACUGUCAUAGAUGCCGAUACCGGAAAACUGCAGAUGAAAAACUACGAUGUCCCGAUCACAAAAGCAACGAUUGUCAAUAAUGGACAUUCGGCUCAGAUAACACCGAAGGAUGACGUGGCGCGAACAAUCGAAGUCGAAGGUUCAGUGUAUACUUUUCAACAACUGCAUUUCCAUUGGGGAAGUCGUUACGAUCAGGGGUCAGAACACACCUUGGAUGGUAAAAGAUACGCUUUGGAGGCUCACUUCGUACACACUAACAAAGAAAAUGCUAUUGCCGUGGUGGGAGUCUUUUUCCAAUCAUCAACUCAUAACAGCGAAGGAUUCGAACCGAUAGUUGAAGUUUUGUCUGACAUCCCUUUUAAGAACGACUUCACGGAUUUGAAGUCGGAUUUGGUCCUUGAAGAGCUGUUGCCAAGCAAUCCAUCCGAUUAUUACCACUAUGACGGAUCACUCACUACUCCAGGUUGCAAUGAAGGAGUUGCGUGGUUCAUUCUGAAGGGAGUCAUGGAAAUGGGGGAACAGCAACUUGCUGAAUUGCGGGAUUUGUAUUCGACAACAAAAGACAAGGACUAUGCAGGUUGCAAACUGACAGAUAACUACAGGCCUCUUCAACCAUUAAAUGAUCGAGUUGUUAUUGAAACUUCAAACUAAACUUUCCUAACCUUGUAUACCUUUCAAUUUAUUAAAUGGCAACUAUAAUACAUUAAAAUGCACUAUAUCUUCAUUCAA